CAAAAUUAGCUAAACUGCCAUAGAGUUCUUGACUUUUACGCCAAAGGCCAAGUGUAGUAUCUCUUUGACUAAGAAAAAUGCGGGAAACGUCAAACCUAAAUUCUCUUGAUUAUUUUCGUUUUGUCAACUUAGUGUUAAUUAAAUAAUAUGAAACGAUAAUGGCAGAACCAGGAAUUAUUAGAAAAUUAGAUGAGAAUGUUGUGAAUCGUAUAGCUGCUGGUGAGAUUGUUCAAAGACCCGCCAAUGCUCUGAAAGAAUUAAUUGAAAACAGUUUAGAUGCAAAUGCUACAAACAUAAUAAUAACCGUUAAAGCGGGAGGCUUAAAAUAUUUACAGAUCCAAGACAAUGGUACUGGCAUUAGGCAUGAUAAUUUAGACAUUGUUUGUGAGAGGUUCACAACAUCCAAACUUCAACAAUAUGAGGACCUUCAGGAGAUCAGUACAUAUGGCUUCCGAGGUGAAGCCCUGGCUAGUAUCAGCUAUAUUUCACACCUCACUAUACUCACGAAGACAGCGGCUGAUAAAUGCGCUUAUAAGGCUUCAUAUGAAAAUAGUAAACUGAAAGGUCCAAUAAAGGCAUGUGCUGGUAACAACGGUACACAAAUAACUGUCGAAGACCUCUUCUAUAAUGUAUUAGCUCGUAAGAAGUCUCUCCGAAGUGCAACAGAAGAAUAUUCAUAUAUAAUGGAGGUUGUAGGUGGAUAUGCCAUACAUAAUAGUCAUGUUGGCUUCACGUUGAAGAAAUUCGGAGAGAAUACGGACAUCAAAACGUCUAUUAAGUCAACAGUGGUGGAAAAUAUUAGGAUUAUUCAUGGAAAUAACAUCGCCAGGGAGUUGUUAGAAAUUGAAUUAAAGGAUGAAACAUUGAAAAUGUCGCUGCAUGGAUUUGUUACUAAUGUCAAUUACUCACAUAAGAGAGGAACCAUGCUCUUAUUUAUAAAUCAUCGUUUAGUGGAUUCACAGAGUAUACGAAAAGCGGUGGAUUCCGUUUAUUCAACAUAUUUGCCGAAGAAUGCACAUUCUUAUGUCUACCUCAGUAUCGAACUAGAUCCAAGAAAUGUAGAUGUGAAUGUACAUCCAACAAAACAUGAAGUUCAAUUUUUGUAUGAAGAGCAGAUAAUUGACAAAAUUAAAUCUUGCAUUGAAGCAAAACUGCUCAGUUGUAAUUCAUCCAGGGUUAUGUAUACGCAGGCUCGUCUACCUGGCGCGACAAUGGUCGAUGAAAUUAUUAAAAAAACAACCGAUGGAGCAAAAAUUUACGCCAAAGAUUUAGUCAGAGUUAGUUCAGAUACACAGAAAAUUGAUAAAUUUUUCCAAAUCGCUUCCAAACGUAAUGAAAACGAAACAAAUAAUGCAAAAGAGACGGAGAAAAUUGUUUCUGAAAUUAAAGAUAAACCAAUCGUACAAAUUAAUGAUGAAACUUCAGAUAUUCUAGAAAAUUCUCUAAUAGAGGAACCAAAAGAAAUAAAAGGCAAAGAAAAAUGGAAUUUGCAUACCGCAGUGGACCAAGCAAAUAUAACUUAUAUAGAUCCAAAGGAAUCCUUUAAAACCAGAACAUUUAAAUAUGAGAGGGUAGAAACGAAACUUACAAGUGUUAAACAACUACGUAUGGACGUAGAAAAUAAUUGUAAUAUGAAUUUGAGAGAAAUAUUAGCGAAUCUAAUAUUCAUCGCUUGCAUUGAUUGCCAUCAAUCUUUAAUACAACAUUCUACUAAAUUAUAUUUAUGUAAUACGACGAAAUUAACGGAGGAACUUUUCUACGAGACGUUGUUGUACGACUUUCAAAACUUUGGUUUGAUCAAGUUGUCGAACCCGUUGCCUCUCGAAGAACUGAUGAUGUUAGGUCUAAAGACGCAGGAAACAGAAUGGAACUCACAAUAUGGUGAAAUGUGCGAAGUGGCAAAGCAAAUGACAUUACUUCUGCUCAGUAAGAAGGAAAUGUUGUUUGAAUACUUCUCAUUGGAAAUGAAUGCAGAUGGUGAACUUUUGGCGUUGCCUUUGUUGCUUGAUGGUCACACUCCAUUCAUGGGUGCUUUACCAACAUAUCUAGUUCGUUUAGUUACCGAAGUGAAUUGGGAUUCAGAGAAGGAAUGCUUCGAUACUUUCUGUCGUCAGACCGCCAUCUUUUAUUCUCAACCGAACCCUGAUUCUAUACAAGAAACACAAAAAUCAGAAGAAUGGAAACAAGAACAUGUCAUAUUUCCAGCGAUACGAAGAAAUUUUCUACCUCCAAAUAGAUUUGUGACUAACGGAGUGAUAUUACAAAUAGCAAACUUGAGUGAUUUAUAUAAAGUGUUUGAACGGUGUUGA